GCUUAUACAAGACACAAUAUAUAUUGACUGAUCAUAAUUGUUGCCUUAUGUCAUUCUGAUAUACGUAUACCUAAUUACUGAUGGAUUUUGCAUGAUUAAAAAGUGCAAUGCACAUGUUUGGUACUAUUUAUUUGAAUUAAUGCAGGAGAUUCUUUGGUUGACACUGUAUGGAUGAAUGUAUCUUUCUUUUAAAUCUAUUUCUCCGCUGUACUGUAUAUUUUUGUCCUUUUAAGUACUAUUGUAAUUGGUUAAAUUCUUUUUAUUGAGUUGCAGGAUUUAUGUAACUUACUAAUUGACUACUUGUGAUAAAAAAUUAAAAAAAAAUUCACCAAUCCCCAUUUUUAAUCAAUGUUUUUAGAUGUUAUCAUCAUACUUGUUUAUCAUUUAUGUUUUUGGAAUAUGAAUCAUUCUUAGGACCUAGUUUUCUUUAUAGGCAUGGCACAAGUUAUAUGGAUAAAUUGGGAUUUGCAAGCUUAACUGUCUGGAACAUGAAAACAUGGAAGGCUGUGACAGUCCUUCCCCUUGGUGAAGAUCCUCCGGCAAUUACUUCCUUAUGCUUCAACCAUAACGGGAAGAUUUUAGCAGCUGCUGCAACUAAUGGAAUGAUUCAUAUGUUCGAUAUGUCUGCCGGACUACAAAUUACUGGGUGGCCGGCUCAUGAUUCUGCUAUUAGCUCUGUUCUUUUUGGGCCUGAUGAGACAAGUAUUUUUAGCUUGGGGAUAGAUGGAAAGCUAGCUUGUUGGAUUAUAUUCUUAUGCUUAGCCAUAUAUGUGGAAUCUCACCAAAUUAGCUUCUACUUCAGAUAUUUGAAUGGAGCUUGCAAAACCAAGGUAAAAUUCUUUGGUCAAGAAAUUGCAGCAGGUACUUGAAUUGCUCUACCCUUCAAUGUUAUGGUAACCUUAUCGUUUAUUUAGGCGUACUAUUAGUUGAAAUUUUAAUAGAGUCAAGAUUGAUGGAAGGUGUGGUUUUAAUUCUUAAGUGAAGCCCAUUGUCAAAUCUGUACCUUUUGUUUUUUGGGACAGUCAUAUUGUGAAAGUACAGAAACAACCCUGCCACUUAUAUCUUGC